GCGCACUUCAGUAAACAAUGAAGUGCUCCAGAGGAAUCACCCGAAAGAAUGCAAAAAAAGCUUGAACAAAAGUCUGUAAAAUGUCGAAAAAACCCAUACCUUCGUCAAACCGUGCGGAACCGAUGAAACAGAUGAGCUUAAAAAGUUUCAUCUCCAAAAAGGACAAACCAUCUACCAGUGAAGAAUCGUGCACACCGACCGAGACAGAGCCGCAAAUAAGUUCCACCACACCCUGCGAUCAGACAAAGAUUACAUACUCACCAAGCAUUUUUAAACCGAAAGUUCCCUUGGCUAAAAAAGCUCCCACAAUUGUUAAUUUAGUGAACAGUGAUUCGGAUGACUCGAACAGAUCACCUGCUAAACCGGUUCGGGAUGACGAGCUGGUCAGACGGCUUCCUCCGCGAAACAUUUUCAUAGAGCAAAUAGAAGCACAAGAGAAAUCACCUGGCGUGAACGGUUACGAUGAGUUUGACUUUAUGGUGGAAAAGAGCAGCACUACGCUGAAACCAAUCAAUUACGAUCCGCUGGAGCUUAACCUUGCAACGGACAAGCGAUAUCUGGCGGCGACGAAAAAGCUGGAAGAGAAUCUUCACAAGCUUGCCGGGACCAACAGUCCGGUUAAGCUGCCUAAGUUUGAGUUCAAGCAACAGAAGGCAGGCCGCAUAUCGUUGGAGUUUAACAAACACAAUGUGUUUGGUGGAUCAUUCGAAGAUUCGGUGGACGAUGAUGAAGAUUUUGAGUGCAAGAAACAAACUCACUCUACUUCCACUCCCAUCGCUGGUCCGGGGUCUGCCGGUGUAGUACCGAGUAGCAAACCGAGUACGACGUCGGUAAAGCAAAACAAGGACACUACCUCAGCAUUGGAACGGUUGCUAAGCCCCGACAAAGGACUGGGAAGUAUUCGGUUCGAUGAGGCAUUAACCACCUACCUGGAUGAGAUAACAAGCAGUGCUGGUUUUAAGGCAAAAACAACGCAAGAACGCGACAUUCGAAAGAAUGUACAGUUUCUCGAGAAAGCACAGCUAGGAUUAUUGAACCACUUUUAUGAUCUGUUUGCACAGGUCCCCGGUGAAAGCUUCCGACAGAUUGAUAAAAGUUUUAACGUAGCUUGCUUUGAACGGUUGAAAUCAACCAUUGGUACGAUACGGGGAAAGAUACACGUGUACGAUCGAGUACUGUCCAGCAAACAACGGUUGUCGCAAGCGAACCCGUUGAAUACUCCCACUGCCACUGAAAACACUCUGACGAGACCGAAACCAGUACCACCUGGCUCAAGUACGCCCGUUACCGGUGUGCCAAUCGUCUAUGAGCUACCGUUCGAGGAACAAACCACGCUUGAUUGUACUGAUGUUAUUGAAAGCACAUUGCCCCACUCAGAACCAAGUCGUAAAGAUAGUUUAACAUCGACACCAUCCAGGUUUGCAGAACUCGAGAAGGAAUUUGGAUUGAAAAAGCUGGAAGAACCAGCCAAUUUUUCAUUCAAACCGACUGAUAUAUCCCGUGGAGCGGUUGGUGUUACGAAAGCUGCCAGCACUGGAGGCACAUUUGUGUUCAAAAAGCCAAUCGCCAGUACGCUCGUGAGCAACCUAGACACUACACCAAGUGUUGAUUUGACGAAGAAGUACACCGAGGAAAGAAAAACGGUUUCGUCGCCCUUCCAAGCAAAUGGCUUCAUAGAGGAAGAUGAUCUGGUAGAUGACGAGGACAUACUGAUCAGCAUUCGGGAGGAGCAGCUGAAGGACCAAGGACGAUCGUUCCAAACAAAUCUUAGCACCGUUAACCUGAUCACACCGGACACAUCGUUACGACGGUCCGAUCCUCCACGGAUAACUUUCCCCGUGGAGCCGGAUCCUCCCGUACCGGCUCGCAAUACACAGUUUAUUGAAAACAUUAACACUCAGCUCGAUGAUGACGGGUGGCAGGUGUAUGAUCCAUCGAUGUACGAUGAUUCGCUGGAAGAAUUGGCUGCGCCAACUACGAACCCACUGCCAUGCUCCGGAUCUUCAUCAUCGGGAAUAACGGCUCCCAGCACGGACAUCGGUCGGUUUCACGAAGGUAUACGAAACGAUGGCAUAACGGGCGAGUUCGAUGGUAUGUCUUAUCCGCACUCAGCACGGUUACAGGUCGCUUUUAAGGAAACGUUCGGUUUGCGAACGUUCCGACCAAACCAGCUCCAGGUAAUCAAUGCCACGCUCCUGGGUAUCGACUGUUUUGUGCUGAUGCCAACUGGUGGCGGAAAAUCGCUUUGUUAUCAGCUACCGGCAAUUCUGACGGUUGGUCUCACGAUUGUGGUCAGUCCACUGAAAUCGCUCAUACUCGAUCAGGUGCAAAAGCUAAACUCACUCGACAUUGCGGCCGGUCAUCUAUCCGGGGAGGCUAAUGUUGCUGACGUGCAGCGUAUCUACGACGAUCUGUACAGCAGUUGCCCGGAGUUAAAGUUGCUUUACGUGACACCGGAGAAAAUUAGUUCCUCGGCUAAAUUUCAAAACCUCCUCACUGCCCUCUAUCGACGCGGAUUGCUCGGACGGAUUGUGAUCGAUGAGGCACACUGUGUGUCCGCCUGGGGUCACGAUUUUCGACCAGACUAUAAAAAACUCUCCGUACUGCGGGAACAAUUCCCCACCGUUCCGAUCAUCGCCCUAACGGCAACGGCCAAUCCACGCGUACGGAUGGACAUUCUUACUCAGCUCAAGUUGGCCCGCGAUACGCGUUGGUUUUUGUGCAGUUUUAAUCGUCCCAACCUAAAGUAUCUGGUACUGCCGAAGAAAGGUGUUUCGACGAAGGCGGAAAUGAUCGAGCUGAUACGGAAGCGGUUUCCACGCGACACCGGUAUCGUGUACUGUUUGUCGAAGAAGGAAUGUGACCAGCUGGCGGAUGAGUUCCGACGGGCGGGCAUUAAGGCCAAGAGUUAUCACGCCGGUUUAACCGAUAGUGUGCGAGAAACGAACCAAAAGGAAUGGAUCGGCGAUCGUAUAAAGGUCGUAUGCGCUACGAUCGCUUUCGGCAUGGGUAUCGAUAAGCCGGACGUACGGUACGUGCUGCACUACUGCAUGCCCAAAUCCAUCGAGGGAUACUACCAGGAAUCGGGACGGGCCGGACGGGACGGUGAAAUUGCAACCUGCAUUUUGUACUAUAACUAUUCGGACAUGUUACGCUAUCGGAAAAUGAUGGACAAUGAUACGACCAUUUCGCUCGAAGCGAAACAGAUUCAUAUGAACAAUCUUUUCCGGAUGGUAAACUAUUGCGAAAACGUUACUGAUUGUCGGCGGACGCAGCAGCUUGAGUACUUUGCCGAAUACUUUACCAGCGAACAGUGUCUGUCGAAUCGUGCGACCGCAUGCGACAACUGUCUGAUGCAGGGCAACUACAAGACGCUUAAUGUGACCGAAGAUUGCAUCAUGAUAGCGAAAGCGGUCCGUGAUCUUUGCGGUGGCCGAAACCGGUUCACUCUACUGCAUCUGGUGGAAGUGCUGAAGGGGAGUGAGAAUAAAAAAGUGCUAGAAAACGGUCACAAUCGCACGGUGUACCACGGGAAGCUAAAGUCCUGGGAACGCUGUGACAUCCAGCGGUUGCUACGAAAGCUCGUAAUCGAUGAGUACCUCAAGGAAGAUCUGAUCUUUAGCAACGAUAUACCGCAGGCUUAUCUGCGCAUCGGCGGCAAGAUUGAAACACUCGUGAACCGGCGUGUACGUGUGGAAUUCUCGAUCAAGGAAAAACUGGCCGGCCGUGGCAAACUAACCAAGCCUGCGGACGUUCCGGCAGCAGCGGCACAGGAAUCGACCCAGAUUAGCCUGCAGCUGAAGGAUCUGCAGAGUCGGUGCUACAACGAUCUGCUGGAAAUUUGCCGCGCGAUUGCAAUGCAAAAGAACGCAACGCUGGCAUCGAUCAUGAACAUUCAGGCACUGAAGGCGAUGUCGGAAAAGUUGCCCGAAUCGCCGGGCGAGAUGUUAACCCUGCCGCACGUUACCAAGGCUAACUUCGAGAAGUACGGCAAGCAGCUGCUGGAAAUAACGCAAAACUAUGCCGCCGAGAAGCUGAUGCUGAUGAUGGACACGCAGGACCAGCAGGAAGCGGCCGACGCUGAACCAAGUGGAACGGACGAUAGCGACGGUAGUGCGGUCGGUGACGAUAAUACCGAUUGGGGCAUGUUGGCAAGAACACCAUCACAGGGCGGUACGGGACGGGGUGGCUACAAGCGCCGAAGCAACUGGGGAGCGGGAGCAGCAAAGGCGAAAAAGUUCCGUAAAACUACCACCCGGCGAAAGGGGACCACUGCGAGUAAACGGGGAGGAAUGACAACGGGGAGCACCAGUGGGCGAGGAGCGAAAAGGGGAGGAGUAGCAGCCGGGACGUCGAGCAAACGCGGAGCCAGAACGAACACCCGUGCGCCUCCAAGGGGUGGUGCAGGUGGCAGUAGCGGCAGUGGUUUCGGGUUACUUCCAAUGCCGGGCGGUUACUAGGUUUAGUUGCGAUGAGAUUAUGUUAUAGUUGUGAGUGAAUAAAAUCGGUCAGUACUGGUUUAUACCUUA